UUAAUUUCUCCGUGCGUCAGUUGUUGUGGAGAUUGUGAGGAGAGGGAGUGUGUGCAGGGGAAGCUUGUCUCUCUCGCGCUGACUCUGUCUCCGUCUCUCUCGCGCUGACCCUCAUUCGGCUGCCGGUUGCCAUGGCGGCUCCGGGCCUGGCGGAGGGCCUCCUCCUCCUCCUCCUCCUCCGCCGCCGCCUCGCCCUCUCCCCCCGCUGCUAAACCAUGGCCCGGGGUAACGCCUCCUCCUCCUCUUCCUCCUCCUCCUCCUCCUCCUCUUCCUCCUCCUCCACCAUCACCUCCACCCGCCGGCACUCCGCGGCCCUGCUGAAGAUGGAUCCCGUCAUCAUCCCCAUCGACGCCGAGGCGAUCUGCGACAGCAAUGACCAGCGCAUGUGGUGGGCCUUCCUGGCCUCCUCCAUGGUCACCUUCUUCGGCGGCCUCUUCAUCAUCCUCCUGUGGAGGACCGUCCAUUACCUGUGGGCUGUCUGCUGCCACUGCGGCCUCAAGAGCAAGGAUGCGCAGAAAAUCGGUGUCGGCGCAGCUAACCAGCCAGAUGAUGCCCUCCAAGACCUGGACGAAAAGGAAGAAAUACCACAAGGGGAAGUGGGCUGGAUGACUUCUGUAAAAGACUGGGCAGGGGUCAUGAUAUCUGCCCAAACUCUCACUGGCCGAGUUCUUGUGGUCUUGGUCUUUGCUCUCAGCAUUGGUGCACUUGUAAUAUACUUCAUAGAUUCUUCAGACCCAAUAGAAUCCUGUCAGAAUUUCUACGAUGAUUUCACGUUGCAGAUUGACAUGGCAUUCAACGUAUUCUUCCUACUCUACUUUGGACUCCGGUUUAUUGCGGCAAACGAUAAACUGUGGUUCUGGCUGGAAGUGAAUUCUGUGGUAGAUUUCUUCACCGUUCCUCCUGUCUUUGUGUCUGUGUAUUUGAGCAGAAGCUGGCUGGGCUUACGAUUUUUGAGAGCCCUCAGGUUGAUACAGUUCUCAGAAAUUUUACAAUUUCUGAAUAUCCUAAAAACAAGCAAUUCCAUCAAGUUGGUGAAUCUACUGUCUAUAUUUAUAAGCACAUGGCUAACGGGAGCUGGUUUCAUACAUUUGGUGGAGAACUCAGGGGAUCCUUGGGAAAACUUCCAAAAUUCCCAGCCACUGACCUACUGGGAAUGUGUCUACUUACUUAUGGUCACAAUGUCCACAGUUGGUUAUGGAGAUGUUUAUGCAAGGACAACCCUUGGACGGCUUUUUAUGGUCUUCUUCAUCCUCGGGGGCUUGGCCAUGUUUGCGAGCUACGUCCCUGAAAUCAUAGAAUUAAUAGGAAACCGCAAGAAAUAUGGUGGUACCUAUAGUGCGGUUAAUGGAAGAAAGCAUAUAGUGGUGUGUGGACACAUCACACUAGAGAGUGUCUCCAAUUUUCUAAAGGACUUCUUGCACAAGGACAGGGAUGAUGUGAAUGUAGAAAUAGUCUUUCUGCACAAUAUUUCCCCUAACCUUGAGCUCGAAGCCCUUUUUAAAAGACAUUUCACUCAGGUGGAAUUCUUCCAAGGUUCUGUCUUGAACCCUCACGAUCUAGCAAGAGUCAAGAUAGAGUCAUCAGAUGCUUGUCUAAUUCUAGCAAACAAGUACUGUCCUGAUCCUGAUGCUGAAGAUGCCUCCAAUAUCAUGAGGGUAAUAUCCAUCAAAAAUUACAAUCCAAAGAUAAGAAUUAUAACACAGAUGUUACAGUAUCAUAACAAGGCCCAUCUGCUGAACAUACCCAGCUGGAAUUGGAGGGAAGGGGAUGAUGCAAUCUGCCUAGCUGAACUGAAGCUGGGUUUUAUAGCUCAAAGCUGCUUGGCUCCAGGCCUCUCCACAAUGCUGGCCAACCUCUUCUCCAUGAGGUCGUUUAUCAAGAUUGAGGAGGAUACCUGGCAGAAGUACUACCUAGAAGGAGUAGCAAAUGAGAUGUACACAGAGUAUCUGUCCAGUGCCUUCAUAGGCUUGUCAUUUCCUGCAGUUUGUGAGCUGUGUUUUGUAAAGCUGAAGCUGUUACUGUUAGCCAUAGAAUACAAAUCGGAUACAAGGGAAAGCAGCAUAUUAAUCAAUCCUGGGAACCACAUCAAGAUCCAUGAAGGCACAUUGGGAUUCUUCAUUGCAAGUGAUGCCAAAGAAGUGAAAAGGGCAUUUUUCUACUGCAAAGCUUGUCACGAUGACAUCACAGAUACAAAAAGGAUUAAGAAAUGUGGCUGUAAACGACUUCAAGAUGAAAACCCAUCAGCUCUGUCACCCAAAAAAAAGCAGCGAAAUGGAGGUAUGCGAAAUUCACCCAACAGUUCACCCAAACUGAUGAGGCAUGACCCCUUGUCAAUUCCAGGAAAUGAUCAGAUAGAGGAAAUGGACGCUAGUGUGAAGAAAUAUGAUUCCACUGGGAUGUUUCACUGGUGCCCAGCCAAAGAAAUGGAGAAGGUCAUUCUGACCCGGAGUGAAGCUGCCAUGACGGUUUUAAGUGGGCAUGUGGUCGUGUGUAUAUUUGGGGAUAUGAACUCUGCUUUGGUUGGCUUACGCAACUUAGUGAUGCCUUUACGAGCCAGCAAUUUCCAUUAUCACGAACUGAAGCACAUUGUUUUUGUUGGGACACUGGAAUACCUAACAAGAGAAUGGGAGACACUUCACAACUUCCCCAAAGUAUCGAUAUUGCCGGGUACGCCAUUAUGUCGAGCUGAUUUAAGAGCUGUCAACAUCAACCUCUGCGACAUGUGUGUUAUUCUAUCAGCCAAUCAGAACAAUAUCGACGAUUGUUCGCUGCAGGACAAAGAAUGCAUCUUGGCGUCACUCAACAUCAAAUCUAUGCAGUUUGAUGACAGCAUAGGGGUCUUGCAGGCUAAUUCCCAAGGAUUCACACCUCCGGGAAUGGACAGAACUUCGCCAGACAACAGUCCAGUCCAUGGUCUAGUCCGACAGACCUCUGUCACCACCGGGGCCAAUAUCCCAAUGAUGACUGAGCUAGUUAAACCUGGCAAAUUGCUCCCUUUGGUUUCAUUCAAUCAGGAAAAAAACAUUGGAGCCAACAUACCAAUGAUAACUGAGUUGGUGAAUGACUCGAACGUUCAAUUCUUGGACCAAGAUGAUGAUGAUGACCCAGAUACUGAGUUGUAUUUGACACAGCCAUUCGCGUGCGGGACAGCAUUCGCUGUCAGUGUGUUAGACUCCCUAAUGAGUGCAACAUACUUCAAUGACAAUAUCCUGACUCUGAUACGGACAUUAGUAACAGGGGGAGCCACGCCAGAGCUGGAAUCAAUGCUAGCUGAAGAAAAUGCCUUGAGAGGUGGAUACAGCACUCCGCAAACACUAUCAAACAGAGACAGGUGUCGAGUCGCACAGUUGGCUCUGUACGAUGGCCCUUUUGCAGACCUUGGGGAUGGUGGUUGUUAUGGAGACCUGUUCUGCAAGGCCUUAAAAACAUACAACAUGCUUUGCUUUGGAAUAUACCGAUUGAGAGAUGCACAUUUACGCACACAUAACCAAUGUACUAAGCGAUAUGUGAUUGCUAAUCCACAUUAUGAAUUUGAACUAGUCUCAACGGAUGUGAUCUUCUGUCUGAUGCAAUUUGACCACAACGCUGGCCAAUCCCGUGGCAGCUUAUCGCACUCAUCUCAUUCCUCCCACUCUUCCAGUAAGAAAAGCUCGUCUGUGCACUCCAUCCCAACUACCACCAACCGUCCAAACCGCAACAAGAUUCGGGAUCCUCGGGAAAAGCAGAAUGCUACAAGGAUGACUAGAAUGAGCCAAGAAAAGAAAUGGUUUACAGAUGAAACUGAUAACACCUUCCCUAGGAACAUUCAGAUAAAACCAAUGAGCACUCACAUGGCUAAUCAAAUCAAUCAGUACAAAUCUACCAGCAGUUUGAUCCCACCCAUCAGAGAGGUAGAAGAUGAAUGUUGAUACCUGUAUGAACUCCAGUCUGAGAGAGAGACUUUGUGAAGCUCCUUCAACAGGACACUGGCUUUGAUGCUCCAUGGAUCUUACUGUGCUAUUACAGACAGGUGAAGGAAUCAUGGAUGAUACACCACCAAGAAGAAGUAAUAAUCUGCCCUUGAAAAUUACCUGCUUGUCCAGCAUGGAAUCACAGGUUUUAUUGGAUGGUUUUACUGAUGACUUGAAGACAAUCGAUGCAGACUGAAUAUUAUGGCCAUUUAUGUUUUAAAAAAUUAUUUUAUAAAUGCGAUACCUUGUCAUCUUCUACUUUGUAGCUUCUCUUUCCUUCUGUUUGUGACCAGACUCUUAUUUUGUUCCUCUUUUGUUUCGCCUUGGAGGAUGAAGGUCACAAAAAGUAUUAAUUCAAUGUACCCAAUCCCUGAAUCAACAAAAUAAUAAAAACAGUAUACUUCUAGCAGUGGCAAAUGAGGCGUCCAUUGUUGCCUGAUGACUAGCAUGUGAGCGCUAUCAGAAUAUAUGCUGUUAUCUGUCCUUGUGUUGAGAUAGGGCAUAGACCAAGUCCUGUGUUAAAGGUUGUUCCACAUUAUAACACCAUUUUUUUCGUUAUCCAUUUUAGAUUUUUUCUUUGCUUUGAUGAAAUAUAAACCUACAAGGUCUACUUGGAUAGAGAACAUUGCAAGCUGAGUGCUAUUUUUCUACGCUGUUCAUUUUCUCCAUUCUUAAACUUGUUUUGAAAUGAGAAUUUUGAGACACCACAAAGUAGUUAACACAUAUCACAGAGACAGUAGAUCAUACUUUGCAGUAUAUCCUGGGAGGAUAAAGAGACAUCAAUGUUAACUCAAUGAGGUAGAAAGUAUUAAUGCGGAGUUGUCUGAAGCAAGCCUGCACACCAUUUUAGCCUAUUACAUAGUUUCAAACAACACUUAUUGUUCGAAAAAGUUCAAUCCUUGACUCUUGGUGUGACCCCCACCUCCCUCACCUUGACAUCUACUUUUUUCCAGCAACACAUGGUCUUAAGAGAGAGAAACAAGCAAUACCAAAAGAGAGCUGGACUGGACCUACUGCAAACUCACAUCACUGGGAUAGGAAAAGAUACAUGGCAGGCAACUGUAUUGUUUCUGCACACCCUGCUGUGUCAGUUCCACCAGUUAUAGGCUCUGACUUUAGCUAAAACUAUCUCAGCUUUAAUGUCUGUUCUCCGGCUGCAGCACUGAACACGUCCAUAUUGCAACCCAACAACACUAUGUUCUGGAGUGAUUUUUGAAUUGUGAUUACUUUGUUGUUAAAUUUUGUAGGAAGUAGAGUGAAACAAUUGUGAAUAAAAUAUAUUAAUAUUAAUUGGAUUGUUAACAAGGUGAUCUUGUUAGCCUGUUUUAAGGAUUUGCGCUUCAGCACCUUCCAUUCAGUUCGACUCUUUCAUGAUGCCAGAGUUUGGGAAUUCAGUGGAUGAUCAUAUAACAACAAAAAAAAACUAACUUUACUACACUUACUGAAAAAUGUACGUUUUCAUUAUUUUAGCAUGUUUCUGUUCUGCAUUUGUGCACUUUUAUUUCAAUCAAUUUUGGUUUCUUAAUUCCCUGUUGUUCUCUUUGCUCCCACCUCUUCAUCGUCAACCUUGAAGAUGGAGAGUCAUUGCAGGGAGUCACCUUUCCUUCUCAAUUUUUAUUUUUGGUUUGCAUUAUUUUUUGCUCAGUAAUUAGAGGAGAUAAUAUGAUGGUGCUCAGACCUGAUCUACCUGGCUCUGUCAUAUAUGAUAUCUGGUGAUAAUAUUUUGUCUUAUACAAAAAAAAAGUUUGUACAUAUAUUGUACAUGGUUUCAUUUUGUAUUUUUUCUCAGAUUAAAAUUGUUGUAUUUGUGUCCAA